CUGAAAUUUUUAAUUUGGUAUUAUUAUCUUGUUCUAAUCAAAAUCAAAGAAAACUUUCAAAUCAUUAUUUUUAUGAAAUGAUCAAAAAAAAAAAUUUAAAACCAAAUGAGUUGACUUUUCAAUAUUUAAUAAUUUCACAUAUUGGAAAUGAUGGGGUUGGAUCUUCUGGAUCUUCUGGUUCAUCUUCCGGAUCUCGUGGACCUCAUGAAUCUCAUGGAUCUCAUAGAUCUCAUGCAUCUCGUGAAUCUCGUGGAUCUCGUGGACCUCGUGAAUCUCAUAAACGUAAAGAAAAUUUUUUAGAAAUAUUGAGAGAAUCUAUAGAUUUUUAUAAAUUAAUGAAACGAAAAUUUUUACUAAAGCCAACCGAGAUUACAAGUUUUAUUUUAGUAAAUGGUAUAGUAUAUCAAGAUAAAUUAUUAUCUAAUGGUGAAUUAUUACCUUUAACAAUUGUUGAUGUACUUCCUGAAUUAUCUCAUGAAUUAUUGGACAAUUUACAAUUUAAGAUCAAUCCUGAGAUAAAUAAGAAAGUUACCAACAAAUAUUUACAAUCACUUUUUUCCACUCUUUUGAAAUAUAAUUAUACAAAUGAAGCAGAAAAUGUUUAUAAAACAAUACAUUCACGCAAACAAGGGUGAUCUUCUUGCAGCAUUAUAUUAGAUUUUAAAGAGAUCACAGUGUUAUUCAUAGAUUUGCAUUCUGGAAAUAUAAUUUAAUCCCUUCUAAAGAGAUAAAGAAUUUAUCAAAGAUUAAUUAAACAUCAUGGGGUUCCCGAUGAACCGCACACUUCUACGUAAAUAGUAGUUAGGAUAUACCAGUAUGGAGGUAUGAUUAUAUAUAAUGGAUCAUCCGAUAAGAGAGAGAGAAAUGGGAAAUUUGGAAUAUUAGCUUUUAGAUUUAUUUAACCGUAUUAUUAUAUUAUUCAUGAUUAAAUGGAAUAAGUGGGUAAAGGGUACAAAUGAUAUACUGGUGAUAUAC